UCGCACUCAGACCCUGCGCCGCAGCACUCAUGGGUUCGGUUCUGGCGCUGAAGUCCAGGUUCAGGUCUCAGCUGUGUGAGAUCAUCACCUCUGAUAUCCUGCACAGUUUUCUGUACGGUCGAUGGAGGAACGUGCUGGGAGAGAAUCCGUGCGAGGAGCCGCAGAGGACCGCCUUCACCGCCGAGGCUCUGGCGCAGUCCUUCCCCGGAGAGGUGCAGAAGCUGUCGAGUCUGGUUCUGCCCAGCGAGGUCAUCAUCGCUCAGAGUUCAGUCCCUGGAGAAGGUCUGGGGAUUUUCUCCAAGACCUGGAUCAAAGUUGGGACCGAGAUGGGCCCGUUCUCCGGGAGCCUCGUGUCCCCUGAGCACGUGGACCUGCGGAAGAACAAUAACCUCAUGUGGGAGUCAAGAAAAAAAAUGGAGGUUUUGAAUGUUUGGAGAACAUUCAGAAAUAAUAACAAUGUGAAUGCUAACAAAACGUUCUCAGAACAUAUUUUUUGUUUGUAUUUCCAGACUAUUCCUCCGGAUCAGGAGCUGCUGGUUUGGUACGGGAGUUCCCACAACACUUUCCUGGGAAUUCCUGGCGUUCCGGGGACAGAGGACGAGCAGCAGAAGAAGAGGAGCGCAGACGACUCUCACGUAUGCGAUGCUGCAUCUUCCUCGCUGUCCUCCUCUUCCUCCUCGUGUCGCAUGCGCUGCGUCAUCUGCCACCGCGGCUUCAACUCCCGCAGCAACCUGCGCUCGCACAUGCGCAUCCACACACUGGACAAGCCCUUCGUGUGCCGCUUCUGCAGCCGCCGCUUCAGCCAGUCCUCCACGCUGCGCAACCACGUGCGUCUGCACACCGGCGAGCGCCCUUACAAGUGCACCGUCUGCCAGAGCGCCUACUCGCAGCUGGCCGGCCUGCGUGCGCAUCAGAAGAGUGCGCGACACAGACCCGCAGGAUCGAACCCGGAGCCUCCGCACGCUCCCCAUCCCGCACUGCUGCGCCACGUCCCCACCAUGGUGCUCUGAGAGCGCAGACGCAGACGGAUCGAGUCCAGGAGCACGCACUUUAAUCAGCACAAACCUGCGGCAAUAAGAGCCACGGCUGGAACCACAGA